UCAAUAUUGAUGUUCCUAUUCAGGGGACUCCUAUAAUGCACCAAGGUCUGAUAUACUCGUAAAAGCUCAGUCGAAAUUCGUCUUUGGAACUACUUGGUGUUUUUCUAAUUGGGUGUUUACUUAAAAUAAAUUAAAAAAGAUAAAAAUUUAAUUAGUUUAAGCCGGUUGGAAAAAUUUCGGUAGUGAUUUUGUAUGCGCCCAGUAAACUAUUUGCAUUGCAACAAAUAGUAUGUAUCUUUACUUAACUAGUGAUAAUAAUAAUAAUAAAGUUGUGCUUUUUGGUUCAGUUUGUUUUUACCAUAGGAAGUAUGGAGUUGAUGGCCUGUACAUUUAAAUCGUAAGGUCCGAGUUAUUGAUGAAUGAAUUCUGAAAGACUAGGCUAGAACGUUAGUUGUUAUGGAUAUACAGGGUGUGGCCGGAGGAGUUGAGAUCUUAAGGAAACCAUUGACCCCAUCGAGGACUAGACGUAAAUUAAGCAUUCCUGCAAGUUUGCCACUAAGUGUUACAGGAUUAGGGGAGGUUCAGGCCCAAGCAGCUUUCAGAAGACGAUUCAGUAAUGUAGGCGAUGCGGUGUCCAGAAAGCUAUCAACGACGAUUGGCUGGAGAGCCGGAUUAAUUACGAUAAAUGCAUCUCCUCCAGAAGAAGUAGUGGCAGUAGGAAGAGCAUUGUGUACCCUAUACAUCAGGACAAGACUGAAAAAAGCCGGACUUUUUAAUAAAAAAUUAGGCCUCACUAGGGUGAGAAGUGCCAUAGGGACCCUGACAGGAUGCGGGAAUAUUGUCAAGGAAGUAUUUCCAGGUUUAUCACACGCCUGCCAAGAACUAGAGCGGAUGUAUCCGAAAUUGUACAAUAACAUUUGGAUACACACAGGUCCACCUCCUGCUGAAGGUACCGUUGGUAUACUGCUAGCUGCCGGACAUCAUAUGAUGAGAACAGAACCAACAUGGGGAAAGGUUCUGGCAAUAUAUUGCAUAGCAGCGGGUCUAUCUGUAGACUGUGUUAGACAAGGGCAGAGCGAACAACUUCACGUUAUUUUGGAGGACAUGUCCGAGCUGCUCGAGGAUAAAAUAGCCGCAUGGGUACACGCAAACGGCGGAUGGACUGGACUUAACGCUCACUGCCGACCAAAAAAUCAAGAAGUCUCCGUAACUGAAUACGUCACCAUUUUCGGAGUUGUUACUAUAAUACUUUUGGUAGCUUACUUUAUAGUAAGAUUUUGUGUUCGAUUUGGAGUAUAGAAUAAUUUAUGCAAUUAAGGCUUGUACGUUAUUAAUAAGAAAACAAUAAAUUAUAAGAAGAG